CCUGACCCACUUCCCUGUGGGAUGGAGUGUUCCUCCUCCGGCACCUGUACCUUUUAUCGCUAAUAUCACCAUACUACUUUAUCAUUGCACAGACUGCAUUUGAUGGAAACUGUACCUACCAGAAACGCCUCAAAGGCAGGGACUAUAUAUCUUAGUCUUCUUUUACAGCAUUUAUAACCAUGAAUUACACUCAAUAAGAUUUUGUUUUAUUUGCAGACGAUGACUUAUAGAGAUGGCUCGCAGGGUCAUAAACAAAAAAAGGCACCUGGGACUUCAGCAACUUUCAGCCUUUGCAGACACAGGAAGAACUUUCCUAGGCCCAGUGAAAUCAUCCAAGUUUAUUAUAGAUGAAGAGAGUCAUGAGAGUGUGGUAGUCGGUUCAACAGUAAGGCUUCUUGAAAGUUUGGAUUUGUCCAGUGCAGUGGGGCAGCUUCUCAGUGAGGCAGUUCAAGCGCAACAUAACAUGUACAGGACUGGGGCCAGCACUCUUCUGCUUCUCGUCGGUGCUUGGAGCAGUGCUGUGGAGGAGUGUCUUCAUCUGGGCGUCCCCAUGUCUUUAAUCGUGUCAGGAAUGUCAGAAGGCUUGGACUCUUGCAUUGAAGAAGUCACUUCCCUGCAAGUACCUGUCCACGAUGUCUUUGCCCAUAUAGACAGCACAAAGGUAUUUUCUGAACUUGAAUCGUUGAAUGUCAGUUUGUGUCCCUUUCUACAAAUUCCUUCAAAUACUGGUUUGAUACUGAAAGAGUGUGAUCUCAAAGAUGUUGCCUCUCAGUCACUGACCACCUACAGUCUUUCUGGGAGACCUGUUAAAUCAGCUAAACUUUUUAGACCUCAGGCUACGGUUGAUGCAGAUAAAAACACGUCACAAACCCCUCAAACUCUGAGAAACAGUCUGCUUGCAGGCGGCCGCUGCAGGCAGUCAGUGCUGACCCACAGCAGGCAUUGUAAUCGGGAGGCUAGUGAUCAGUGGACAAGCAAACAUGGUGCAGCUGCUCCCCAGACUGACAGCUGUAGUGAUCUGGGAGAGUUGGCGGCGGGUCUGAGCCACGGAGAUCACAGCAGCAUGAGAUUGGUGGAAGGAGCUGUACGGCUGCAGCACCAGAACACAAGCGUGUGCCAGGGCAGCUGGACGAUGCCAUUUACGUUCGACAUUUCAAGAGUCCUCACUUGCUGUUUGCCAGGUUUACCCGAAACUUUUUCUUGUGUGUGUCCAGGAUAUGUCACUGUUGUAUCAAUGUUUAGUGCCACUGUGCUCGAGGACUUACAGAAUCAGCCUCUCGGGGUCGUUCUCAUCGAGGGUGACCUCACAGAGAAUUACCGCCACCUGGGAUUUAACAAGUCUGCAAAUGUUCAAACAGUGUUAGAAAGCAUGAAGAAGCUUCAACAAGACAGCUCAGAAGAACUGUGGACAAGUCAUGUAUUACAGGUAUUAGUCAAGUUCAAUGUGAACCUUGUCCUGGUACAAGGAACUGUAUCCGAACACUUAAUUGAAAAGUGCGUGCGCACUAAGCGGUUGGUGAUUGGGUCGGUGAAUGGCAGUGUGAUGCAGGCUUUUGCGGAGGCCUCAGGAGCCGUGCAGGUGUCCUACAUCACACAAGUGAGUGAAAACUCUGUGGGCAGGGGGGUCUCUGUGACCUCCUGGAGAAGCAGUCCCUUGGAUGUUGGAGAUGGGAUCAGCAGAAUGGCAAUUUUGUUGAAAACACAAGGGAUUAAUUUGGUUACAGUAGUGCUCACUGACCCAGUCACUGCACAGAUGCAAACCAAAGAAGAUAGGUUCUGGACUUGUGCCUAUCGUCUGCAUUAUGCUCUUAAAGAGCAAAAGGUCUUCCUUGGAGGUGGUGCAGUUGAGUUUUUGUGUCUUAGCCAUCUUCAGAUUCUCAUGGAGCAACCUCUGAAUAAAGGAGACCAAAUCUGUUCAGGGGGUCUUCAUAAUACUUCCUCCUGGCUGGCCUCAUCUCUGGCACUGUACAGACCUACUGUGCUUAAAUGCUUGGCAGACGGAUGGCACAAAUACCUUUCAACUGUCGUUUGUAACACUGCCAAUUACUCCUCAGAAUUUGAAGCCAGGACUUUCAUUCAGCAUCAUCUGCAAAGUGCCACAGACUCAGGCUCACCUUCAUCUUACAUCUUGAAUGAAUAUAGUAAACUAAAUAGUGGAGUUUUUAAUUCAGGCAUUUCAAAUAAACCGGAACAGAUUCCAAGAGUUUAUGACAUUGUUACACCGAAGAUUGAGGCGUGGCGCCGAGCUCUGGAUUUGGUACUGUUAGUACUUCAGACAGACAGUGAAAUUAUUACUGGAUCUGGGCACACACAGAUAAAAUCACAGGAGUCAGAGGGCUUUUUAUUUUUGUAGUGUUAUUGGCUAAGUCUUUGGGAAAUAAUCUUUUUUUAAAAAUCUUGGGUGUAUUGUUGAAAUUAUUAUAGAUGUCCCUCUUUCUACCCUCCCCCUGCCCCCCCCCCCCCAUAGCUCACCUCCACCCAGUUACUGCCCUGCCCUAGGCCCUCGCCACCCUAUUGUCUGUGUCCAUAGGUAAUGCAUACAUGCAUAUAAGAUCUUUGUCUAUUCUCUUCCAGCCCCCCACACUUCCAUCCUCUGGUAAUCAUCAGUCUAUUCCAUUUCCAUGCCCCUGAUUCUAUUUCAUUCACCAGUUUAUUCUGUUUGUCCGAUUUUUAUUCGUUUGAUUUUUAUAUUCAAUUGUUGAUAGAUAUGUAUUUGUUGCCACUUCGUUGUUCAUUUUAUUAUCUUUAUUUUUUUCUUCUCUUCUUAAAGAAUAACCUUCAGCAUCUACACUAAUAAAAGACAAAGAUGCUAAUUGACUGUACCUUUGCUGCGCCCUAAGCCAUGCCCACCAGCCAAUCAGAGCAACUAUAUGCAAAUUAACCCAACCAAGUUGGCAGCCGGCAGCCACGGAGCUGGAGCAAGCAGGAGGCUUGGUUGCCCCAGUGAUGGAGGAAGCCAAGCUUCCCGCCUGCCCUGAGCCCACCUGUGGCCUCCACUCAUGGCAACAAAGUUUCAAUUAUAGAAGAUAGAUAAAUCCCAUAUACCUGCUUCCAGCCGGCCUCCACUGGGAGCUUGGGUGGCUGGGGGCUGUGGCCAGCCUGCAAACAGCCAUCAGCCCCUCACCCAGGCUGGCCAGGCACCCCAACAUGGACCCUCACCCUGAAGGGGCUUUGGCCAACCUGCAAACAGCCAUCAGCCCCUCACCCAGGCUGGCAAGGCACUCCUAUAUAAUAAAAGGGUAAUAUGCAAACUGACCCUAACAGCAGAAAGACUGGGAAUGACU